UCGAUCCCCGCCAGGCGGAAGCAGAAGAUGGCGGCUGUGUGAUGGCGGCUGAGCGGGAGGGGGCGGACCGACGGGCACGAUGAUGGAGCGGCGGGCAGCAGCAGCAGCAGCAGCAGCGUAGCUUCAGCCGGACUCCGAGAGGAACCAGACCGUCUCCACCCUGUUCACACGACCCGAGGACGGAGCAGCACCCAACGAUAUGCAGUCAUGAAGCGGGUUCGCACUGAGCAGAUCCAGUUUGCAGUGGCUCAGUACCUGAAGAGGAGGCAGUAUGUGGAGAGCGACGGCUCCAUGAAGGGAGCCAAACUCUGUCAGUCGCCCGAGGAGAUGGCUGCCAGCCUCACAGUGCAGACGGAGUCGGGCUGUGCCAACAUCGUCUCUGCUGCACCCUGCCAGUCUGACCCACAGCAGUAUGAGGCUCAGUACUCCAGGCUGCGCUCCUUCCUGUCAGAAACAGAAAUAGCCUGGGCGAGGGAGGUGAGCAGCAUCCUCUACCCGCUGUUUGUCUACCUCCACCUGGAUAUGGUGCGCUGUGGCCUGAAGGGGGCAGUAGAUGGUUUUUACAGUCGCUUCCAUGGCGCCUUUCUUCAGGACAGUGAACAGCGUGCCACCAUAGAGCAGCUCCGCCAUGUUCUCACUGCUCAGGAUGUUGCAGCUAAUCCCAAGCUGAGUGCCUUCCUGGAGCACAAAUACGUGGUUCACCUGACGGAGCCGGCCUACAGCUACCUGCUGCGUUACCUGCAGAGCGAGGACAACGGCGCCCUCUGCAGGGCCUUGAGCACACACCUGCAGGUGGAGGUCUCCGCCUCCAGGCGUACAGACUACCAGCUGUAUGGAGCCGCCAGUGGGACGACUGCCGCCCCAAACUCCACCUCCUCCUGGGCGGGGGUAGAUGGGGCAGAGGGUGGGGAGGGCGUGGAGGUCCCUGCUGGGAUCCCACAGAGCGAGGUGGCCCUGGAGGCUCUGCAGGACUGUAUCAAGAAAGUCCGCGAGGGCCCCCCCUCACUCACCACUGUGUGUUUUUACGCCUUCCACCACACGGAGCAGAUGCUGAACACUGCCGAGGUGUCGGCUGACAGCCGGCUGCUCGCCGCUGGCUUCGACAGCUCCACCGUGAAACUGUGGAGCCUCCGAGCCAGAAAGCUGAAGGCCAAACCGCAUCCGGCUGACGUGUCGCGCAUCCACCUGGCCUGCGACGUCCUGGAGGAGGAGGUGGAGGAGGAAGACGUCUGUGGUAGUGAGAUAAAGACGCUGCGAGGUCACAGCGGACCAGUGUUCCGUACCUGCUUCCUGACGGACAGCUCCGGCCUGUUGUCCUGCUCCGAGGACACAACCGUCCGUUACUGGGACCUGGGCAGCUUCACCAACACGGCGCUCUACCAGGGCCAUGCCUACCCGGUGUGGGACGUGGACGUCAGCCCCUGCAGCCUCUACUUUGCCAGUGGCUCCCAUGACCGCACUGCUCGCCUCUGGACAUUCUCCCGCACGUACUCGCUACGCCUCUAUGCCGGCCAUCUUGCCGACGUUGACUGUGUCAAAUUCCACCCAAACUCCAGCUACCUGGCCACCGGCUCCACAGACAAGACUGUCAGGCUGUGGAGCACCCAGCAGGGGGCGUCUGUUCGUCUCUUUACCGGCCACCGCGGCCCGGUGCUGUCGCUCGCUUUCUCGCCUAACGGGAAAUAUUUAGCGUCUGCUAGUGAGGACCAACGGGUGAAACUGUGGGACUUGGCGUCUGGGACGCUGUUCAAAGACUUGAGGGGACACACGGACAGCGUCACCAGCCUGUCUUUCAGCCCGGACAGCAGCCUGGUGGCGUCUUCGUCUAUGGACAACUCCGUCCGGGUGUGGGACAUUCGUAACUCGCACAGCGGGACGCCAGCCGACGGCUCGUCCAGCGAGCUGGUGGGACUGUACACGGGAAACACCAGCAAUGUGCUGAAGGUCCAGUUCAUGGCCUGUAACCUGCUGCUGGUGACUGGAACUGCACAAGAGAAAGCAGAACCGUAGCCACGGAUGUUUUGUGUUUAUGUUGGGAAUGAAUUCACCCGUCAGACUUUAGUUUUCUUCUCUAAAUGUCACAACCUGCUCAGGAGUCAGAUCUUUGUUCACUAGUUUGCAGCAAAUGGAAAAAAAGAAAAAAAUCUUUUGUAAUUCUGAAGUUUCUUCUUCAAAAACAUGUUCAGAUUUUCAUUUAUAGUUAAAUUCUCUUCUGUUGUUGGUAUUUUUUACAUUGAGAAGUUUUAUCUUCACUAGACAUCAGUAUUAAAGUUCCUCAGUUUCUCAUGUCGCUGAAGAUUAAAAAACUCUGCAUCUGUU